AUGAGCUCCAACAGCACAGACCCUGGCCUCUUCUUUACCGCCAUCACAAUAACACCUGCUGCAGGAGCCUACCCACAAUCCAAUGCUCUCUACCAAGGACAAACUGGAGGAAGCUCAGGAGCUGCUUAUCCCAUGAGCAGCCUGGAUGAUAACUCCUCUUCGGCCAACAGAGUGUGUAAUAAUACCACAUCUUUUCCCAAUGUGAGCACAAACAUCAUUUUGGACCCUCUGGGGGGUCACCAGUUGUGGCAAGUGGUUUUAAUUGUCUUGGUGACAGGAAUGCUUUCUCUUGUCACCGUAAUUGGCAACAUCCUAGUUGUGGUGUCAUUCAAGGUCAACCGCCAGCUAAAGACUGUCAAUAACUACUUCCUGUUGAGUUUGGCUGUCGCUGACCUCGUCAUCGGGGUCAUAUCCAUGAACGUCUAUACAGCCUUCUUGGUUAUGGGCUACUGGGCCAUGGGAAACUGGGCCUGUGAUUUAUGGCUUGCUAUAGACUAUGUGGCCAGCAACGCCUCAGUAAUGAACUUACUGGUUAUCAGCUUUGACCGCUACUUCUCCAUCACCAGACCACUCACUUACCGGGCCAAACGAACCACUAAAAGGGCAGGGAUUAUGAUCGGAUUAGCCUGGUUUGUGUCUCUGGUGCUCUGGGCACCAGCGAUUCUGCUUUGGCAGUUUUUUGAAGGAGAAAGGACAGUACCCUCACAUGAAUGCUACAUUCAGUUUUUAUCUGAGCCCACAAUAACCUUCUGCACAGCCAUGGCAGCCUUCUACCUUCCUGUGACAAUUAUGAGCGUUUUGUACUGGCGGAUCUACAAGGAGACUCAGAACCGCUCUAAAGAGUUGGCUGGUUUGCAAGGCUCUGUUGGACGCGGUGUCAUUGGACCAAAAAGUGGAAAUGGUACAGGCGAAAAGGCCCAUUUUGUCCAUCAGACUGGAAGUGGGCGAAGUUGUGGCAGCUAUGAGCUAACCAGAUUGUCCCGGAGGAAAAGUACAUGCAGGGAACUAGUCGGCCGCCUCCACUGUUGGCCUGGAGUUCGAUCCUGGAAGCCCGGUAGUAUCAGACAUGGAGAAGGGGACCCAGACCAGAGCAGUAGUGACAGCUGGAACAACAAUGAUGCAGCUUUGUCUAUGGACCAGUCUGGUUCCUCAGAGGAGGAGGACUGUGGAGGAAAGGAGAUGCUGUCCCAGAGUCACACCAUUUUCUCAAUUGUGCUUAGUCUUCCAGGGAUUAAAGCUGCCGUCAACUCCCAGCUCACAUCAUGUGAAGAUUUAGAUGCAGUGUCAGAAGAGGAUCCAUUAAGGGGUGCAGAAUACAGUCAAGACAGUCUUACAAGGGGAACAACAAACACCACAAUUUCAACCACUGAUGGGGCUAACAGCACAGACAACAGCUACCACCAACACUUCUGCUCCAGAAAGAUCCAGUCAAUGCCAAGCAUUCAGGCUAAUGUCAACACAAGCUUGUUAGACGGUCAAGCAACCACUGCCAGUCUCUCUUCUGCCACCAGCAUGACCACCAAAUCUCCCUCUGUUCCAAUUUCAUUUAAAGAGGCAGCUCUGGCGAAGCGUUUUGCAGCUCGAGCUCGGACCCAGAUAACCAAGAGGAAGCGCAUGUCGCUGGUCAAGGAGAAAAAGGCGGCUCAGACUCUAAGUGCCAUCCUCUUUGCGUUCAUCAUCACAUGGACACCUUACAACAUCAUGGUGCUCAUCAAUGCCUUUUGUAAGGGCUGCAUCCCUGGUGUGCUGUGGGCAGUGGGCUACUGGCUAUGCUAUGUCAACAGCACAGUCAACCCCAUGUGCUAUGCCCUCUGCAACAAAACAUUUCGUACCACCUUCAAGAUGAUCCUCCUGUGCCAGUGGGACCAGAAGAAGAGGAGAAAGCAACAGUACGAGCAGAGACAGUCUGUAGUCUUCCACCGAAGGAUUCCCCGGGAGUCCACGUAA